AUGAUUAACGACAAACUAGUACAUUUUCUGAUCCAGAAUUAUGAUGACAUCCUAAGAGCACCGCUUUCUGGACAACUCAAAGAUGUGUAUUCACUGUAUGUCACUGGUGGAUAUGAUGAUGGCAUGCAGGACUUAAGUAACAGCAAGGGCGACCCAUUACGGUUUGAACAGUUUUGGAAUGAUCUUGAGGAUAUUAUAUUUGCAACGCCAAAGUCUAUUCAAUUCGACCAGAAUCUGCUAGCGGCAGGUAGACCAGAAAAAAUUGUUUACCUGGAUGUUUUUUCCUUGAAAAUUCUCUAUAAUAAGUUUCAUCCCUUCUACUAUACAUUAAUCUUAUCCAGUACUUCGUCUGAAGAAAAUGUGUCGAGUUUGAAAACAAAACCAGGAACUGAUUCAGAAGAAAGCCAACUGCUGGGUAGACUGCUCGGAAUCCUGAACUGGGAUGUUAAUGUCAGCAACCAGGGAUUACCACGUGAACAACUAAGCAAUCGCUUACAAAAUUUAUUAAGGGAGAAACCAUCAUCUUUCCAACUUUCUAAAGAAAGAGCCAAAUAUACGACCGAGGUCAUUGAAUAUAUUCCCAUAUGUAGUGACUAUUCGCAUGCAUCUCUAUUAUCCACUUCGGUUUACAUCGUUAAUAACAAAAUCGUUUCUCUUCAAUGGUCCAAAAUAUCUGCAUGUCAAGAAAAUCACCCAGGAUUUAUUGAAUGCAUUCAAUCAAAAAUUCACUUUAUCCCUAAUAUUAAACCACAGACUGACAUUUCAUUAGGGGAUUGCUCCUAUUUGGAUACCUGUCACAAAUUAAAUACGUGUCGAUACGUUCAUUAUUUGCAAUAUAUUCCGUCAUGCUUACAAGAGCGGGCUGAUUAUGAAACUGCAAGUGAAAAUGAAAAAAUACGGUCGAACGUUUCCAUACCAUUUUAUACUCUGGGCAAUUGUUCCGCGCAUUCUAUCAAAAAACCUUUACCUGCCCAAUGGAUCCGUUGCGAUGUGCGUAAAUUUGAUUUUAAGGUUCUUGGAAAGUUCUCGGUAGUUAUUGCGGAUCCUGCAUGGAAUAUCCAUAUGAACCUACCAUACGGUACUUGUAACGAUAUUGAACUAUUAGGUUUGCCCUUACACGAACUACAAGAUGAAGGAAUUAUCUUUCUUUGGGUAACAGGGAGAGCUAUAGAACUGGGCAAAGAGUCUUUGAAUAAUUGGGGAUACAAUGUGAUAAACGAAGUUUCAUGGAUAAAGACGAACCAGCUAGGUAGAACAAUUGUUACAGGUCGUACGGGGCAUUGGUUAAAUCACUCUAAGGAGCAUCUACUGGUAGGCUUGAAGGGCAAUCCAAAGUGGAUCAACAAGCAUAUUGACAUCGAUCUGAUCGUAUCAAUGACCAGAGAAACUAGUAGGAAACCGGAUGAACUAUAUGGCAUAGCUGAACGGUUGGCAGGGACACAUGCCAGAAAGCUAGAGAUAUUUGGAAGGGACCACAAUACCCGACCUGGUUGGUUUACCAUUGGAAACCAAUUGACAGGAAAUUGCAUUUACGAAAUGGAUGUUGAGAGGAAGUACCAGGAGUUUAUGAGGAACAAAACUGGAACUAGCCACACUAGUAGUAAAAAAAUCGACAAAAAGCCCUGUUCAAAAUUACAGCAACAGCAACAGCAGCAGCAACAGCAGCAGUAUUGGAAUAAUAUGAAUAUGAACGGCGGCAAAUAUUAUAUGGAAGCCAAGCAGAAUAGCAUAAAUAAAAAACAGACUGCUUUUGGAUCCAAGCAACACCAACAAUUCCAAACACUAAAUAACCUAUAUUUUGCUCAGUAA